CGCCCGCCCCCCAGAGCGUCGCGACCGCGUGGCCGGGCCGAGCCCAGAGACCAUCUAGCCCCCGCGGGGCGCAAUCGCGAUGUCGAUAACCGGGCUGAAGAAGCAGUUCCACAAAGCCAGCCAGCUCUUUAGUGAAAAAAUAAGUGGUGUUGAAGGAACAAAAUUAGAUGAUGAAUUUCUGGACAUGGCAAAGAAAAUAGAUAUUACCAAUAAAGCUGUUGCAGAAAUUCUUUCAAAAGCUACAGAGUAUCUUCAGCCAAAUCCAGCAUACAGAGCUAAACUGGGAAUGCUGAACACUGUGUCGAAGAUCCGAGGGCAGGUGAAAACCACUGGGUACCCACAGACGGAAGGCCUGCUGGGCGAUUGUAUGCUGAAAUACGGGAAGGAGCUCGGGGAGCAGUCCGCAUUUGGCAGUGCACUGAUAGAAGUUGGCGAAGCCAUGAAGCUGAUGGCUGAAGUGAAAGAUUCCCUUGACAUUAAUGUAAAGCAGACUUUUAUUGAUCCGCUUCAGUUAUUACAGGACAAAGAUUUAAAAGAGAUUGGGCACCACCUGAAAAAGCUGGAAGGCCGCCGCCUGGAUUACGAUUAUAAAAAGAAGCGAGUAGGUAAGAUACCAGAUGAAGAAGUCAGACAAGCGGUAGAAAAAUUUGAAGAGUCAAAGGAGUUGGCUGAAAGAAGCAUGUUUAAUUUUUUAGAAAAUGAUGUAGAACAAGUCAGCCAGUUGGCCGUGUUUAUAGAGGCAGCUUUAGACUAUCACAGGCAGUCCACAGAGAUUCUGCAGGAGCUGCAGAGCAAGCUACAGACGCGAAUAUCAGCUGCCUCCGACAUCCCCAAGCGAGAAUACCAGCCAAGGCCCAUAAAAAGGGGUUCUAGUGAGCUCAGUGGGAUUUCUGCCGCCUCCUCGGCGAAGGCAGCAGGUUCUAAUGUUCCCAUGGACCAACCCUGCUGUCGUGGUCUCUAUGACUUUGAGCCAGAAAACCAAGGAGAACUAGGAUUUAAAGAAGGGGACAUCAUUACACUGACCAAUCAAAUAGAUGAAAACUGGUAUGAAGGAAUGAUACGUGGGGAAUCUGGAUUCUUCCCCAUUAAUUAUGUGGAAGUGGUUGUGCCUUUACCUCAGUAAAUGUGUCACUCGAACUUUGGACGUACUUUCAGAACUGAAAUGAAUUCACACCAAUGCUCUCAGUGUGGUGUUCUGUGACAUCCUCGCUCUUUGACCAGCUUAACGACUUUUGUAUGUGUGUUCUCUUUUUCAUAUAUUUUGUAUCACUUUAAUUUGUAUAAAUGACCUUGUCUUAGCUACAUAAAAAUAUACAGUUUUCUUUUUUGCUUAUUGUUUUGAAAGUCAUUGGUUAAAUGUAUGUGCUUCUUGUUGCUAAAAACAAAUGACACCCAUUGGAGUUAUGUCAAUGGAUUGCCUAUCUUCCUCAGCUGCAGUGGUUUUAAAACUCAACAUUUGAAACUAAGAAAUGCUAGAUAUUUUGUUUCUUGACUUUACUGAUGGCCUCCGUUUUUUUCCCUUCAACGUGUUUUAGCUUACCUGUGACUAGCCCAAUAAAUAUGACACACUGCACUGCCAAAA